AUGCCCAGAUUGGAGCACGAUCUCCAGGGUUCGUCAGAUCAUGUCCCGGUCUGUACAGAUCUUGAUAUCGGUCCUGAACCACCCGUAUCUGGGCGAUGGACAAUUAAACCUGGAAGCGAGGCUGAAAAGUCUUUCAUUUCGGAUAUUCUCCGGGAUCUUGCGGCUAUUCCUGUCGCAGCCCCGGCAACCAAGGAAGGUGUUGAAGCUUUAGCCGAUGCUAUUGCGACAGCAUUCUCGGACGCGUGGUUUGCCCACUCGACCGAGUCCAAACCUACCAAGCGCUCCAAGUCCUGGUGGACGGAAGAGUGCUCGGAGACAUUCGGAGUGUAUCAGUUGAGCCGCUCGCUUGCUGAUUACAACAAGUUUAAGAAGGUGUGUAAGGAUGCCAAACAUGACUUCUUCAAUGAACGCAUCGCAGAAAUCGCUACCUCUCGCAAGCGCCCAUGGGACCUAAUGGAAUGGGUCAAACAGUGCAAGCUACCACCCUGUGAGGCUAUUCGCAAUGGAGAUCAGCCUUGCCACGAUAUGGACGACCUCUGGGACGCCCUGCACGGCACGUACAACUCGGCCUCUGGUCACGAGUACGAUGCCUCAGUCUUAGACGAGCUUCCCGACGAGCCGGUCCGUGAGUGGGCUGACUUCUCGGAGCAUGAGUUGUUGAGUGCCCUGAAGGGGUGCUCCAACUCCUCUGCACCAGGACCGGACCAUGUUACAUGGGUCCACCUAAAGGAGUUGCUCAAGGAUAAACACAUCCUUGCACUCUUCAUCGUGCUGGCUAACGCUUGCCUUCGGGUGGGUCAUUGGCCGUGUAUAUUCAAGGAGUCGCUAUUGGUUAUCGUCCCGAAACCGAAUAAGCCUUCCUACGCCGUACUGAAGGCCUUCAGGCCGAUCGUACUCCUCAUCACUUUCAGUAAACUUAUCGAAAAGAUGAUUGCCAAUAGGAUACAGUUUGACGCUGUCAAGCAUGAUAUCUUCCAUCCCAACCAACUUGGCGGUAUCCGCCAGAGGUCCACUGAGGAUGCUGGAUUGAUUCUGACUCAUCUCGUGCGAGUGGGGUGGGUUAAGGGUCUCCAGACUAGUGCGCUGGCUUUUGACAUCGCGCAGUUCUUCCCUUCUAUCAACCAUGAGAUGUUCAUGGCUGUACUUCGCAGGCAAGGGUUCUCGCUGGUUCUGGUGGAGUUCUUUGCCUCCUAUCUUGUUGGUCGUUCCACCGUUUACUGCUGGAACACCUUCCAAUCCGACUCAUGGUCUGCGGAUGUGGGUGUCGGGCAGGGCUCAGCUCUCUCGCCUGUUAUCUCUGGGCUGUUCAUUGCUCUGGUAAUGAAGCUCUUCUAUAUCAAAGCAGCGCCGCUCAACACGACGCUGCUUUCCUUUGUGGAUGACAGGACCAUUCUGGCCCAGUCCAAACAACUCGAUGAUAAUAAUGUGGGCCUGCGUAAGGCCUACAAGAUUAUCUACCUUCUCUUCAUUGCCUUUGCACUCAUUCUUGAACAUGAGAAGACUGAGCUGUUUUACUUUUUGCGUCGACGAGACGCCUACAAUCCCUCGCUGGAUUUGGGGUACGCCCCACAUACUGGCACUACACCUUUGAAGCCCAAGACCUAUUGGAGGUACUUGGGCUUCUACUUUGACCGCGGGCUCACAUUUCAUGAGCAUGUCCGCUACUAUGCGACUAAGGUGUUCACCACCGUGCAGGCCAUGCGCAUGCGUGGCAACUCCACUAGAGGUCUUUCGCCUAAACAGCGUCAACUCUUAUAUUGGUUGUGUGUGGUUCCCAUUGCCACAUAUGGCUAUCGUCUCUGGUAUUUCAAUGGCACCCAUAAUAAGGGCGCGAUGAACCAGUUGAAACGGAUGCAGCGAAAAGCUGCUCUAUGGAUCACAGGUGCCUUCCGCACCUCCCCCACAGGUGGUCUUGAGGCCUUGGCAGGUCUCAUCCCUGUCCACCUUAUGCUGAAGAAGCUGGCAACGCGCGCAGUGUAUCGCGUCACCACCCUCUCGGAUACUCACCCCCUUCGCUCUAUGAUGGGCGAGGGGCUCCUUAAGCGAGCCGCUCCACAUGCUCGCUCAGCUGCCUUGAUGACCCCAGCUAUGCAAGGGAAAGUCAAGAGCACCGUCAUGGAGGUGGACGAGCGCUUACUGGACCGCUAUGCGGACCGUCUCCACUUUGACAAGCGCAAUCCUGCUCAGGAUAGGUGCCCAUAUCUAGACGAGCUCAUCGCGAAAGCGAGGGCCGACCCACUAACAGUACUGGCUGCAACUGAUGGCUCUGUCCCUCAGUCCAAUCAGGUUACCGCCCCUGAUGCGGAGCUCAAUGCCAUCUCGUGCGCAGUGCGCCUGGCUGUCAAGCAGGCAAACUGCCAACAUAUUAUGGUCUUUACUGACUCUAUGGGCUCGGCCCAUAGAGCGGUCGACCCUUCUGUGCACUCUGACACGCUACGCUCCCGAGCCCCGCACUCAGUCCUGGAUUUGUGGGGUUCCACUUUCCAGGAUCCAACCUACCGAGGCUCUGAAUUCUUAGAGCUUCAACAGCCUGACGGGCGGCCGCUACAGCCAUCGUACCUCAAUGGGGGACCUUGGCUUUCAACCUUCGGACACAGUAUCACUGAGUUUGCUUGCGUUUGCCGGUGCAUAACUGGCCACGCGCCCAUUGGAGCGUAUUACCGUUGCUUCAAGAUCAAUGAGCCUCACGGCUGCACUUGCGGGGCUGCUUUGCAGUCCUGUCAGCAUAUUCUCUUUCGCUGUCGCGAUCGCUACUCCAUGCAUUACCCCCGCUUUCUUGGGGAUAUUGCAUCUUUUAUGAAGUACAACCCAACAGUGUUUGGCUUCAACCAGGACCCCUCGGGUGUUGGAUGA